GCUGAGGGGAGCCCUCAGCGCGUGCUGGAGGAGCAGAAGGAGUCCCAGCAGCAAACAGGGAUGGAUGUUUGCUCAAGGCAGGCGCGGAGCAGCUCUUGCAGCAAAGCCCGGCUCAAGGCGGCUCUGGUUAAACCCAGCUUUUAAUUGCUGCAGGUUCCAGGUGAAAUGAGUAGCGGGGCCUCGGGUGUUUGCUGGCAGCAGGGCCGGGUGCACAGGGCUCCGGGGGGCCUGCAGGUCCGUGUUUCCCCGGGAUGGAGGUGCCCUCGGUGCUUCUCCUGACCAGGCUCGUGGCAGAAGCUGCUGGAAAAUCCACGGAAAACUCGGGACCCCCGGGAUUGUCUCCGCAGGCGCCGGCGCCCGCCUGCUGCGAGGGGAUGCUGGACCCCAACGGCUCCUGCGCGCUCGGCCCGCGCUGCGGCACAGGCGGCCCCGAGGCGGCGGCGGCGCUGAUCCUGGGCUCCUUCCUGCUCUGCCUCUUCCUCAUCCUCUCCGUGGCCGCGUUCUUCCACCUGCGCCGCGGCAGCCGGCUGCCGGGGCUGCUGCACGCCAGGAGCAAAGCUUCUGUUCUGCAGCCCAGUGAAACGGCCUCCAUGAUCCCUCCUGCAGCUUCCUCAGUGCGGAAGCCGCGCUACGUCCGCCGCGAGCGCUCGCUGGGCCCGCCCGACAGCCGUGUCAGCAACGUCUGAGCCCGGCCUGGAGAUCCUGGCCUGGAGAUCCCAGCCCAACCCAGCCUGGAGAGCCCGGCCUGGACAGCCCGGCCCAACCUGGCCUGGAGAGCCCGGCCUGGAGAGCCUGGCCUGGCCUGGGGAGCCCGGCCUGGAGAUCCCAGCCUGGAGAGCCCGGCCUGGAGAUCCUGGCCUGGAGAGCCCGGCCUGGAGAUCCUGGCCUGGAGAGCCCGGCCCAACCUGGCCUGGAGAUCCCGGCCUGGAGAGCCCGGCCCAACCUGGCCUGGAGAUCCCGGCCUGGAGAGCCUGGCCUGGCCUGGAGAUCCCGGCCUGGAGAGCCCGGCCCAACCUGGCCUGGAGAUCCCGGCCUGGAGAGCCUGGCCUGGCCUGGGGAGCCCGGCCUGGAGAUCCUGGCCUGGAGAGCCCGGCCCAACCUGGCCUGGAGAUCCCGGCCUGGAGAGCCUGGCCUGGCCUGGGGAGCCCGGCCUGGAGAGCCCGGCCUGGAGAGCCCGGCCUGGGGAUCCCAGCCCAGCCCGGCCUGGAGAUCCCGGCCUGGAGAGCCCGGCCCAACCUGGCCUGGAGAUCCCGGCCUGGAGAUCCCAGCCCAACCCAGCCUGGAGAGCCCGGCCCAACCCAGCCUGGGGAGCCCGGCCUGGGGAUCCCGGCCUGGAGAUCCCGGCCUGGGGAGCCCGGCCCAACCCAGCCAGGAGAUCCCAGCCUGGAGAUCCUGGCUCAGCCCAGCCCAGCCCGGCCCAGCUCUGCCCAGCCCAGCCUGGCCCAGCCCAGCCCGGCCCAACCCGGCCCAGCCCAGCCCGGCCCGGCCCAGCUCAGCCCAGCCCGGCCCAGCCCAACCCGGCCCAGCCCAGCCCGGCCCAGCCCGGCCCAGCCCAACCCGGCCCAGCCCAGCGCAGCCCAGCCCGGCCCAGCCCAGCCCAGCCCAGCCCGGCGAUCCUGGCCCAGCCCAGCCCAGCUCAGCCCAGCUCAGCCCAGCCCAGCCCAACCUGGCCCAGCCCAGCCCGGCCCAGCCCAACCCGGCCCAGCCCAGCCCAGCCCGGCCCGGCCCAGCCCGGCAGCUGGAUUUGUUUUUAUCUCCUUUAAAACCAACGAGAUUUUGGUGGAAUUUUCAGGGAUAAAACCCAAAUCUUGGAGAGGUUCCUGUGCCAAAAAAUUCCAAAUUUUUCCUCUUUAUUAUGAAAAAUAAAGUUGUUUCCCUCCUGGCCAAGGAAUUCCAGUUGAAAUUCCCAAUUUUUUUUUUUUUUCUUUGGAGGAUUUGGGAGAUUCCAACUUGGAAUUUUGAUCAUUUCCAAUUUUCUGCUGCUGAGAUUUUUUUUUUUUUCCCCCAAAUAGGAAGUUUUUAUCCUGGAAUUCAGAAUUCUUGAGGAUUUUCCAAAUUCCUGAGGAAUUUCUGAAUUCCAAAGAGAGGGGAAAAAAAAAAAAAAAGGAGGAACUAUGCAAAUAAUUCCAAGGAAUUCCUGUGUGUUUAAUUAACUUAAUUGCUGAAAUGUUAAUUUAUUGAAGGAUCAGCUCCUUUUUCUGUCUCUUCUCGUGUGGGAUUUGCUUUAAUUGGUGUCUAAAAAUGGGAUUUGUGUCCUGAAAAAUGGGAUUUGUGUCCUGAAAAAUGGGAUCUGUGAAACUAAAAAUCUAAAAACGGGAUUUGUGUCGUUAAAAAUGCAACAACUGAGUUCUGUGUGUGGUUAAAAUCGAGUUUUUCUCAGGGAUUUUUACCCAGAAAACUUGAAAAUCCCAAAAUUUUUACACGGAAAACGUGAAAAUCCCAAGGUUUUUACCCAGAAAAUGUAAAAACCCCAAAAUUUUUCCCCACUUUUGGGGUGUGGUUCAGCUUUGCCAUCGCUGUGAGCUCCUGGUUGAGUUUGUGGGGUUUUGGGGUUGGGUUUUAUGGGUUCAGGUUUGGGGUUUGGGGUUGGGUUUUAUGGGUUGAGUUUUGGUUUUAUGGGUUCAGGUUUGGGUUUUGGGGCUGAGUUUUGUGGGUUUAGGUUGGGUUUUAUGGGUUUAGUUUUUGGUUUGGGGCUAAGGUUGGGUUUUGUGGGCUCAGGUUUGAGUUUUGGGGUUCAGUUUUGGUUUUGUGGGUUCAGGUUUGGGUUUUGGGGUUGGGCUUUGUGGGUUUAGGUUGGGUUUUAUGGGUUUAGUUUUGGGUUUUGGGGUUCAGUUUUGGUUUUAUGGGUUCAGGUUUGGGUUUUGGGGCUGAGUUUUGUGGGGUUGAGCUUUGGGGAUUUAGGUUUGGGUUUGGGGCUGAGGUUGGGUUUUGUGGGUUUAGUUUUGGGGUUCAGCUUUGUGGGUUUGGGGUUAAGGUUUGGUUUUUUGGGUUUAGUUUUGGGUUUGGGGCUGAGGUUGGGCUUUGUGGGGUUCAGGUUUGGGUUUGGGAUUGAGCUUUGGGGGUUUAGUUUCGGGUUUGGGUUUUUGGGUUUAGUUUUGGGUUUUGGGGUUAAGGUUUGGUUUUAUGGGUUUAGUUUGGGUUUGGGAUUUGAGUUUUGUGGGUUUAAUUUUGGGUUUUGUGGGGUUGAGCUUUGGGGUUUUGCUUUUUUUUUGGGUUUGGGAUUGAGCUUUGGGGGCUUAGUUUUGGGUUUGGAGUUAAGGUUGGGUUUUAUGGGUUUAGUUUGGGUUUGGGGUUAAGGUUGGGGUUUAAUUUGGGGUUUUGUGGUUGAAUUUUGUGGGUUUAGUGUUGGUUUUAUGGGUUUAGUGUUGGGUUUGGGGUUGGGUUUUGUGGGUUUAGUUUGGUUUUAUGGGUUUAGUGUUGGGCUUGGGACUGGGUUUAGUGGGUUUGGGUUUGUGAUGGAGUUUGGUGGGUUUAGAUUCGGAUUUGGGGUUAAGGUUUGGGUUUAAUUUGGGGUUUUGUGGUUGAAUUUUGUGGGUUUCGUUUGGUUUUAUGGCUUUAGUGUUGAGUUUUGGGCUUGGGUUUUGUGGGGUUGGUUUGGGCUUGGAGCUGAGCUUUGGUUUUGUGGGUUCCAUGUUGAGUUCUCUGGGUUUUCCCUUCCUUUUCACCAUCCAGUUCCCUUCCCAAAGCUCUGCUUUGGGUUCAAACCAACAAAACUCUGCUUUAAAACUCGGUUUUAACCCCCAGCAUUUCCUGGAUUUGUAUCUUUGUACACGGUGCCAAAAUAAAGAGAUUUAAACUUU